AUGGAGAACCGCUUUCCGAGUGAGCCCACAUUGCGCAAGCUGUGGAUUCGCGCGGCCCGUCCUUCCCAGCCAACAUGGAAGCCCACCAAAGGCGAUUGUCUUUGCAUGGAACACUUCGAAGACGAGGACUACAAGACGAGCCCAAAGUUACUGCAGAGUCUGGGCUUGCCUGUAAAACAGGCCUAUUUGAAGCCUGGCAUGGUGCCAUCGCUCUUCACACGAAAAUGCAAGCGAGAGCGGCACAGCGGUGCUGUGGAAAAACGGCGACGCAAAGAGAUAAUUGACGAAUUAAUGAAGGCACCGGCACAAGCAACGGCCACACUCAUCGCUGAAGAGGUCAGCACAUCGUCAACCCCUUCUGCUGACGACACAGAGCAAGGUCCUGACUCUGGACAUGAACCAAUGCACGAUGCAAGUGCUGGCAUCGAAAAACCUUUUUCGAGCUCAGCCCCCUCCAUCAGUAAUGCCAAACAGGCUCCUGACCUUCGGACCGCUGCUACGCAGACCUCGGGCAUCUACAGAAAUCAAUGCAUACAAGUCACCAUGAAGACUUCAUCACGACAGUCCCAAACAAGUCCUGUCCUCGUGACACCACAAUGCUCCUCACCAAAUCAUGUCCCCCAGGCUCCAUUGGAUUGGAUGUUGCCUGAAGGGCUGACGCUGUCGCCACAGCCGCCAGAGCCCAGACAACCAGCUCUACCACCAGACCCACCACAGCUGCCAACAAUAGACAAUGAGCUCCCCUCUGACGCUAGCUUUCUCAUGAUGAUGUCCGGCACCGGCUUUCUGAGGGAUGCACAACAGAACACCGCAUGUGACAGCGCACUCAGUCAGCAUGAGAGCAGCAAAAGCAUCGACUACGUCUCGGAACGAAAGUUUAUUGUUUUCGAGUCUUGUUUGGACGAGCUACUGGAAUGUGCAACAAUGGCCACCAACACACCUGGACCAGCCAACCACCAGUGAAUAGGAGGGCCCUAGGCAAUGUGCUCCUAGCUGCAGCAACACUCUUCUCUGGGAGCAUCGUCAAAAAAGUGCUGAGGCUCCUCCGCCAGAUGGGCGUGCCCUGUUUCUCGUACGAGACAUACUUCAAGAUUCAGGGUGCCUUCCUUCUACCAGCAAUCAGACAGGUCGCUCUUGAGAAGGCAGCUCCUCGGCAGCCAAACUGUGCUUGUUGAAUGCUACGAGGGGAACAAGACCUGAACAGGCAGGGGUCUAUGCGACCUAA